AUGGAUCCCGGCCAUGUUCAAGCGAUCAGGGAGAUGUACAACGUGACGAUUCCCGUUUCCUCUGAUUAUGCGGCCAUUUUCGCGAUAGUUGCAGGCUUGGUGAUCUUCCUCUCGCUGACGGUCACCUACGUCGCUGUCGGCAUUUGGAAUAUGAACCCGGGGCGAGACUCGCUGAUCUACCGCCUGACGACGCCACGCACCAAGAAAGACCAU